UGGGCUGGAGCCUUAGUGAGUCUGAAUAUCUUUCUAAGCCCAACUCACUCUUAUCUUUAAAACCCCUUCUGCUCUAUGCCAUCAAACCCUAGACUACAUUUCUUUGCAGCAGCGCAGCCAAGUGCACGUCUCCAUUCUCAGAUCUCUAUCUUAAGAUUAAACGAUGUCGGUCGGAGAACUUGCUUGCUCUUACGCUGUUAUGGUUCUUCAUGAUGAUGGUAUCCCCAUCACUGCAGAGAAGAUAGCACAGUUGGUGAAAGCAGCCAAUGUCCAAAUAGAGUCUUACUGGCCAAGCUUGUUUGCUAAGUUAGCAGAGAAGCGUAAUAUUGAAGAUCUCGUAAUGAAUGUUGGGUCUGGUGGUGGUGGUGCUCCAGUAGCAGUUGCUGCCCCAGCUGGCGGCGCUGCUGCUGGUGGCGCUGCUGCUGCUGCUCCUCCGCCUGAGGAGAAGAAGAAGGAAGAGCCUCAAGAAGAGAGUGAUGACGACAUGGGAUUCAGCUUGUUUGAUUAAGAGCUCCUUUCAGUAUGCACAAGCCCUAUGUUGGUGUUACUAGUUCAAGAGUAGUUUAUUUUUGGAUCUUUUUACAGUUCUGUGUCAGUAUAAAUACUUGUUUUUUGUGGAUGUAGACUUGGAGAGAAUGAUUUUAAACAUCAUAUCCUUCCGAUUUUAGAUAUAAAUUAGUAUUUGAGAUGAAUAUUGUUUCACUUGUUACUGAAUUUUGUGAUGUUGUGUUUUGACCGUGCAAUGGAUUUAAAUUUGGCCA